AUGAAUCCACGCAAGAAUCAGCAUACCAACAUCAUCGAUGACCUCGAUGCGAUUUCUUUGGCGCAGCAGGGCGGGAAGCGCAAGACCGCACCCAAGAAGAAGAAGGAGAAGACAGGAGGCGCCGGUGCUUCUGGCCCGUCAAUUUCUGGCAGCUCGAAAGCGAGGUCUGGAAAGAAGAAGGCUUCUCCAAGAGCAACAGGACUACGUUUCUAUGAGAAGAACGGCGUGAAGGUUCCGUUGUACGAGAAGAGCGGUAAGAAGAGGGGACAUGCCCGUCUCGCGAGCAGCUUGCGCAACAAAAACACCGACUUCUUACUCGACCUUGUUGGAGAGUAUGCUGGCGCGACUACGAGGAAAUGGUUCAAAGACGCAGACAAAACUAAAGCUGAGAUGGCGGACUGGAUCGAGGAGCAGGAAACCUAUGCGCUAGGUCCGAAUCCGCUCAGCAAAUUGGACCUAAUAGUGCCCGCGGAGGAUGCCCUCUGGACCGAUUCUACACCUGCACUAAUGACCUACAAGGGGAAAGGGAAGGGAUUUGCCCCCAUUGAUGCGCCCAUUGAUAGGCGCCCGGGACGAACAGUAAAGAGUAGAAUACAUGCUCGCACUCCAGAGGAGCAAGGUACGAAACGCAAACGUGACAACACGAUCGAGCCAGCGCAGACUUCGGAGCAAAUAAUAAAGAAAUUGAAGGCCCAUCAAGCGCGUGGAAGAUUGGCUAAGCAAUCAGCCGCAACAGACAUAAAACCCACGGCCCAGUCGAAGGACGAGCGCCGCAAGUCCCGGAUCGAAGAGAAGAUGGCAGAGUUCAGCAAGACCGCCAACAUUCCCAAGCUUUCCAGCGCAGCACAGGAGCAAACGCCGGAGGAAGAGGUUAGACUCAAGGCUGAAGAUCUGAAGGCCCACAAUACGAUAAUGGAGAGUAAGAUGGCCUAUCUGGGCAUGCAUCCAGACAACGCGGGCACCUCCAGCAGGGUGGUCAACCUCCCAGAAGAGGGAGAGGAUAGGGUCCUGACUGCAGUCACGAACCCGUAUACCAAGAAGCAUGUCCUUCACGACACAGCCAUACCGCAUGACCGGACCCAGUUUCAAGCUCCGCAGGCUCUACGUGCCGAAAAGCCCUUCCUCAAGAACGGCAAACAUGGCCGCGGUGGAGACUUUGAAAACGACCCCGACCGUCGCACAGGACGCGGCCAUGAGGUCACUCCAGGAGACCUGAUCCUUCACGAUGAAUACAUUGACUUUCGCGCUCUCGUGUACAAGAAGUAUCCCGGCUACCCAGGCGUUGCACAAGGAGAAGAGAUGGAUACUUCUAUCAAGGAGGCUUGGGACGACAACGAGAGGUGGCACACCGGCUUCAACUACAAGUAUGGCGGUAACAUGUUCAACCACGUCUGGCCUUGUGGCUGCGAAAAGCUAAGAGGUGAGAGUGAGGACGAGGAGAGCGAGGAGGAGUAG